AAUACGUAUUGGAGACGUCGCUACGUCGUCACGUGUUUGUGACGUCACUCGCAACUAGGAACUAGCAACUACCGAAUCUAUCGGAUAGUGGGAUGGUAUAUUUUUGUGGACUGCAGCAGCUGCUUGCGUUAUUACCAUCUCUGGCCUCCUUACCAAGAAAGUGUUUGCAGUUUUGAUUUUUUUAAAAAGUUCUUUUGUUAGGUAAGCAUGGAAAAAACAGACGAUGAUCCGCUUCAAGAGACACAGUUUUGGUGCAAUAUCUGCAGAAUUACCUGUGCAUCUGCACUUAAUCUUCAAAGCCAUUUUAUGGGUUUCAAGCACAGGCAGGUAGAAGAAUCCCUUAAAAACAAUGGCGCUGAAAAACCUGUUUUAAAAAGAAAGAAACGUCAGUUUUUGGAUGAUCCAGAGCCUGCAGUAGCUGGACAAACACUGGAUGACUUACUUAGAGCUUGCAAAGAAACUGAGCCUGCAUUGGGUCUUGAAUAUGUGUAUGAAUAUCAUCAAGAUGAAAGUAGUUAUCGUGCAUAUGAGUGCAGAUUAUGCAACCUUCAGACAGGACUGGCUCACAUGUUUAUGCAUGUUGUUGGAGCCAAACAUAGAAUUGCAUACCUGAGUAAACAUCACAGUACUUUGGGAAUUCCCAGCACCUUUCAAGUAAAAUCUUCAACUAAGAACAAAAAACUAAAGGAUGCCUGCUUUACAGUUGAAAAGACAUUUGGAAGAAAAAGCAUAAAUAUUGCUAAAGGAUCAUUUGAACCAAGAAGCUUUCUUGAUGGACCUUUGCCAGCUUCUGCUCUGAAUUAUGGUACAGACAACAAGUUGAAACAAAUUGACUUCACUACUGAUGAUUUUGGUGAUAUAGAUAAGAAGCCUUCAGUCUCUGAACGUGUUGUAACAUUUCGAGAAUUAAAGGCACAGCAUGAAGAAAAACUCAAGGAAGCGCAAGUGAGUGUUGAGAGUGAAUUCCAGGAUCUGGACGAUCAAGAGCAAGAAUUGCAGGAUAAUGAAAAGGAUAAUAAAGAAACUGGCAGUGACAUGGAAGUAUGCAGCAUGGAUUUGAGCGAAUGUGAUCCAGAAGAAUUCUUUUGCAACCAGGAGCUGUUUGAUUUCUUGGAUACUUACAAAAUAAAUAAAAAGGAAGAUGUCACAUUUAUCCUUAAAGUGACUGAGAAAUUCUCUGAAGUCCUGGUACACCACAAGAAACAGUUUGAAGAAGCAAGAAAAAAGGCAUUGGCUGAAGAUGAGAAACGCAAGACUGUAGAAUUGAAACUAAAGGCAGAAGAGGUACAGCGCAAUGUUGAAGAAAAAAAACGUAGAGCUGAAGAAGCACAAUAUACUUUAGAUAAAAGGCAAGGACUUCAAGGUGCAAAAAGAACAGCUGAAGAAGCAAAGCGUAGAAUAAUAGCAGUAAAACUUAGGUCUGAGGAAGCAAAACGUACAGUCAAACAAAUACAGCAGAGGAAUGAAAUGAGACGCCUCAACCAAAAUGUUCAAACUAGAAUCCGAACAAGAACUAGAGGUCGUAAAAAAAAAUUUAAUGCACAACAGAAAAAACAGGCUUUUCUUGCAAAAGCACCUGCUCUGAACCAGAGAUUUUUAUCAACUUGUUCCUCAAAUUUAAAUCCAGAAUGGAAUGCCAGUUACAGCACCCCACUGUUUCCAAUUUCAAGGUUUAACAAACAGCAACUUGUUGGUGAACAACAAUCAUUUCAAUCAACCUCCAUAACAUCUCAAGAAUCUACAACCAGACUCAGUCAAAACAAGAAUUUUGCUGUUUCAAAAUUCGACAGUGGAAAGCAAACUAGUGAACGAAGACUUUCAGCGCCACAUGGUCCAGUACCAGGAAGACUGCAAGAAUCCUCAAGACUUCGUGAAGGUCUGCGGUAUCCCAAUGUGCAGUAUCCUAAUUUCAAGUUUGGCAAUAAUGUACCAAGCAAUGAACCAAGAUCUUCAUGUAGGUCAGCACCAGAUCAAUCUCAAGGUAGAGAAUCCAGUUUCAUCCAGUAUCCGAGACUCCCACGACCAGUAAAUGAACCACAGUCAUCAGCCAUGCCACAAAGCCAGUGGUCCAGUCAAAUGGCUCCUUCUAACAGAGAUGGUCACUUUCAAAACAGACCACAAUUUCCACAUGAAAUGCAGCCAGAAAAGCUGCCAGAUUUUUCUUCAAGAGAUUGUUUUCCAAUAGGUUUGAAUAUGCCCAAGAAUGAAGCCACAGCCACAUUUUUUGCAACCAUAAAAAAUAUGGAGGUUUCUGAUGUUAUUUCUACAUUGAAUGCCAUAGCUGCGAAAAACCCAGCAUUCAGAGGAAUACAUGUACCAAGCCUGGUAAAAUAUUUAAAAGACACAGGAAAACUGAAAAUACCACAUCCUUCCAGAAGCCUGUCGAGCUGAUCACAGAUUCUGAUUUGUUUCUCAAACCUUCUAAUAUAUUGACCAGUUGUAUAGAUUUAUGAAAUUCUGUUCUCUUGUUUCAUAUGAAUGUUUGAAAUUUUUUUCUGAGGUUAAAGGAAAACUAUAUCCCUGAGCAAUGUAGGUUUCUAUAAAAGUACAUUGCAAUAAACAGCUCAUAUAUGAAACCCUGCUUCAUACAAAUAAAAUAUACUUGUGGUAUGUGCCACUGUGUAAUUCUAACUGUAAAAUUUGCCAUUUUAAGCAAGGGCCACCCCUUGGGAUUAUAUGGUUCACAAUGCCACAAACAAACCAAGGGAACCAAUUAGUAGACAAAGUUCUGUCUACACUCACACUUAUUACUGUUACAUUUGAAGCUGAAUUAUUUCCUAUCAGGUGACCUCUGAGGGAGCACACAGGCCAUCACAGUGGCUCAACGUAAAAGAUGUUAAUAGGCCAUUUAAAGGAGAAGGAAAGUGUACUGCCAAUAGGAGCAGGAGAGAGCUGAGCAGACUCUGGCCACAGGAAUUAAGGAUUUUUCAGAGAGAAGAAGUCAGACACCUGAAGAACAUGCUUACAAAAAAGGAGACAAGAACUCCUGUUUCUUUUGAUAGAGGACUCUCUUUCUGUGAGUGCUUAUGGCUGUAUUUAUAUAGACCUUUCUGAUAAAGCUUACUUAGUUUUUACCUUUCCUUCUCCUUUAAAGAGGUUGUUCACCUUUGAGUUAACCUUUAGUAUAAUGUAGAGAAUAAUAUUGUGAGACAAUUUGCAGUUGGUCUUCAUUUUUUAUUUAUAGUUUUUAAUUGUUCAGCAGCUCUUCAGUUUUGAAUUUGGUUAUCUAUCUGGUUAGCUAUCUGGUUUGCUAGGGUCCAAAUUACCUUAGUAACCAGGAUGUGGUUUAAAUGAGAGAUUGAUGUUUGAAUAGGGGAGGACCUGCAUACAAAAAUAAGCUAUAAAAAGUAACAAUAAAUAAAUAAACUCAGGUAGAAAAUGCAAUGUACAUCUUUGUUUUUUUUGAGCAACUGUGACAUACAUGUUACAUGCAAAAUAAAAUGUUAGUAGUACAGGUUUUACAGUUUGUACAAUAAAGUAUAACAUACAACUUAA